AUGCAGCUCUCCCAAGUCCUUUCAAUUGUCCUGGCCGCUUUACAAGCCAGCCGUGUCGCAGCCGAGGCUACCGGUUGGUGCUAUGUGGACCUUGUGUUCGAGGAGCUAGAACAGGAAGGCCACUUACGAGAGGCCGGGCAAGGCUAUACAUCCGAGAUUAAGGAAGAAGUCGAGGGUUGCUUGCCUGACGGUUGGGAUAUCGUUGGCUCGGUGGCUCGGCCUUACUUUGCGGAAGAACAGUGUGACGAGACAAAUGAUGAGGGCACAAGGUCACAGGACGGUGGGGAUAUUUUUGGCACGGCAGGAAAUUCGAAUUUCUUGGAUGAACUCUGUGAAUGGGAAGAAAGACGAGGGACUAAACCCACAAACUGA